GCUCCUGUUUCUCAGUCGGGUCGGGCUGGCUCUCUGUGCCUCCACAAGCUGAAGGAUGUGGGCUGCUGUGUGCGUCUGCCAUCUGGGGCUUCUGUUUUUAGGGUUAGGAUGGGUGCAUGGACAAAGUCAGACCAACUACACAAGGCCCGUAUUCCUGUGUGGUGGACAUCUUGUGACUGAUUCAGGGUUUGUGGCCAGUGAGGGUUUUCCCUCUCACUAUAAAGCAAACUCCAAAUGCACCUGGUACAUCACAGUCCCAGAGGGUCAUGUUGUGAUGCUCCAGUUCAGGAUAUUUGAUCUAGAGGCAGAUCCCACAUGCCGCUAUGACUAUGUGGAUGUCUAUAAUGGACACUCAUACACAGUCCAGAAACUGGGCCGCUUCUGUGGGACGUUCAGACCCGGAGCCCUGAUCUCGACUUCUAACACCAUGAUGCUGGAGAUGGCAUCUGACAGCAGCACAGGAGGAAGAGGAUUCCUGGCAUACUUCAGCGGAGGCAAGCCACAUGUUGAUGAGCAUCAGUUUUGUGGUGGCAGAUUGACAAAGCCUCAGGGUUCAGUGAAGACACCCAACUGGCCAGAAUCUGAUUACCCAGCAGGCAUCAGCUGCUCCUGGCACAUUUCAGUGGAGUCCAACAUGGUGAUUGAGGUUAAGUUUGAGAAGCUGGACCUAGAGUUAGACACAUACUGUCGUUAUGACUAUGUGACCCUGUUCAACGGAGGAGAAACCGAUGACUCUCGACGCAUUGGCAAAUUCUGUGGCGAUACAGUUCCAGAUGCGGUUGUGACCAAUGGAAAUGAGCUGCUGAUGCACUUUGUAUCAGAUCUGAGUGUGACGGCUGCAGGCUUCAUGGCUCACUAUAGGAGUGUUCCCCGUGGCUCCCGCACACCCACCGCUGGCCUGGACACAGUACACGGGCCACGGGUCAACACUUCCCCAAGUAAACCCACAGCCCCACCACAGAGAGUGAAACCCAAGCCAACACCAAAACCCCCAUCAAGACAAUCUAAACCUGUACCACCACGACCAACUCCUAAACCCAGAUCCAAUCCUGCAGCCAAACCUAAACCUGUCAGACCUACUCCACCUACAAGAAGAUCUGGGUCAAAAAUCACACCAAAACCUGCAGUGAAAGUGACAGCAAAACCGGCGACGAAGCCUACACCUAAACCCGCCAUUAGAACUCAACCAAAACCAACAAGUACAACAGCAAAGCCAGAAGUAAAGCCUGGAGUCAAACCAACAGCAAAGACCAUCUCAAAACCUGGCAACAGAACAGCAUCAAGAACAGCCUCAACAGGCAAUCCUCUGUGUUCCCUACCAUGCAAGAGAAUAGGCACGAUGGUGACCCGCUUCUGCCCCAGUCAUUUUGUGUUGACAGGUAAAGUGACAUCUCUGAGCCCUGGAUCUCAAGGAAGUGCAGAAGUGGAGGUGUCCAUCAUAAAGGUCUACAAGGCAGGCAGACUUCACUUGAGGAAGAGAGGACCCAGCACAUCUGCCACACUCACAGCCACAUGCAGUAAAUGUCCAGUCCUGCGAAAAGGAAUGAACUAUGUGCUGAUGGGCCAUGUGAAUGAUGAUGGUCUUGGCAUUUUGAACCCCUCCAGCUUCGCCCUACAGCAUAAGGCAGUGCAUGAUAGAGCGCUGGCUAACCUGGCAAAGAAAGCAUGCUGACCUCACAGCUAUAACCCGACCAAACACAAUGAGGGAAACAAGCUGAAUCCCACUUGUCCUGCUGGUUCACUUUAUUCAUGAGAUCAAAAUCAGGCAGGAAGAGGUGAAAUCUAAUAAACUCAAUCCUUAAUUAAGAAUUUUGCAUCUUUUUUAUAUAACUGGAAGCGUGCUAUAUGAAAAACAAGAAUAGAAUAUUUUAAUACAGAAGAUUUAUAAAUCUUUGUGAUGUUAUACCGGAUCAUGUUCAGGGUAUAUACAUGAUCAAAUUUCCAGGUUUGUUUACUGUGUUUGUAUUAUUAGGCUAUUGGGUUUGUUUAAUAUACUAUACAAACAUUUUUAAUAUAACACCAUUUGUUGAUCAUUAGUUAUAAUGCUAAUUAUAAUGCUUAAUUAAAGAUGGUAUAAUCUACAUGAAUUGUGUUUUAUUAUUAUUUUUACUUUUAAUCAUAGCUAAAUUACUUUAAAUAAUCUUUGAUAUGCACACAAUAUUAUUAACCAUUAGUCAC